GUUCAUUUACCUAUAUUACUUUGAUUGGGGUUUGUUUGUUGACGGGAGACCUGAAAAUUAUGAUUCAGUUCAUUUAGAAAGUUAGAAUAUUUAAGUUUCCACGUAUAUAAUACAAGAUAGUGUGUUCAAAUAUUAUUUAAUCGAUUUAAAUGACAAAUUAUCAGGAAAUAGUCAACUUGAACGUCGGCGGGACAAAAUUUGCUACAUCCUGGCACACACUGACAUGGGUGCCGGACACAUUUUUCACAGCCCUACUCAGUGGGCGCAUACCUACAGUCAGAGAUGAAACUGGUGCUAUAUUCAUAGACCGAGAUCCAAACUUGUUUGGGCUCAUCUUAAAUUUCCUCCGAACCAGAGACAUAGACCUGAAUAAUGUCAACAUUAGAGCACUCAGACAUGAAUGUGACUACUUUGGCAUCACUCCUCUUAGCAGGAGACUGGCUCUAUGUGAUGAGAUGAAUCAUUCUUCAUGUGGGGAUGUGCUCUUCUAUGGAUACCUACCACCGCCUUUAAGCACUGCAUUACCAAGCAACAGCAACAGUAGAAAUAGCAAUGGAUGUUCUAGAAAGAACUCCACCGCAUCAAACACUGAUGCACCAUGUAAUAGGACACACUCAAGGAACUCUUCCCUGGACCUGAGGACUGUGGGCAGGAUACCUUCGCAGGACCAAUUGAGUCGAUGUGGCCGUGGACAUUCCAGAGCCGCUUCUUUAGGCAAUGCGGACUGUUACAAAGGAGUACGCCCACCGGAACUAAACGCGUGGGCAGACAGCAUGAAAGUUCAAAUUAUAAAGGCACACCACAAUUGGAUCGCGGUUGCAUACACACACUUCGUUACUGGAUACAGAUUGACAGAUUCGUGCGGAUGGUACGUCGUGUUCCAAUCGCCCGUCCAAGACUCCGUGAUAGAGAGGAUAGCGUUGAACGCAAAAACGGGCGGCGGGGCGACGGCCAGCGGCACGAACACUACUGGAACCGAUGUCAUGUUGGGCAUAGCGAGCGGGCCGCUUGUACGGCUGUGGGCGUUCUCUACGCAUAGCGAGCCUGUCCGGAGGACAUUAGUUGGCACAUUCAACUUGGGUGUUCGCGUGGAGCACCUACUAUUCGUCGGGCCGCAACUAGUGGCGCUGAGCGGAGCGGGCGCCCGCAGCAAGGCGGGCGUGUGGCACACCAGCACGCAGCACUGGCAGACGCAGGAUGUGGCGCAUCUCAGCACACACGACACCGCCGGCUCGUUCCUGCUGCUCGGCACCAACACGGGCGCCAUCAACUAUAUAGAUAUGCAAAAAUUCCCGCUGCGAAUGAAGGACAAUGAUCUACUUGUCACCCAGUUGUACAAGGACCCCAAUCAAGAACCGAUCACAGCCAUAUCAGUGUACCUCACCCCUAAAACCAAUCUGUGCGGCAACUGGAUAGAGAUAGCAUAUGGCACUCGGUACGGCUCAGUACGGGUCAUAGUGCAGCAUCCAGAAACCGUGGGCCACGGACCGCAACUCUUCCAGACCUUCACCGUCCACCAGAGUACUAUCACCAAGGUUUCCCUAUCAGAAAACUACCUAAUAUCGGUAUGCAGCGAGUACAACCACGUCCGCUCCUGGCGAGUCACUCGCUUCCGAGGAAUGAUCUCCACCCAGCCCGGCACCACGCCCAAGGCCGCCUUCAAAGUGCUCGCGCUAGAGGCCCCCACCGCCCAGCCACACAACGACUGCGGACCUUACGGCGAGCAGGACGAGGAACAGAUAUUCAUUCAGAAAGUAGUGCCCGAUACGGACACGCUCUACGUGCGCUUAGCGUCCAAUGGAAGAAGGGUGUGCACCAUCCGCUCGGUGGACGGGUCGGCCGUGUCGUGCUUCGCGGUGGCGGAGUGCGAGGGCGCGCUGCGGCCGCGCCGCCUGCUGCUGUGCGGCCACCGCUCCGGCGCCGCGCAGAUGUGGGACCUGACCGCCGCCAUCGACAAGGCGGCCAAGCCGGCGCAAGCGGUCGCCACUAGCAGCGCGGAAGGCGACGACUCCCCGAUCCCCGACGGCGGGCCGACGGCCGACGAGCUGGUGCGUCUCUUAUCAGCGUGCGACCUCGACGCCACGCCGGCGCCGCAGCUGCUACCGCCCUCGCCCAACCGACCGAUGCCGUGAGCUUUCUGUGGAGCACUAGCCAAGCUUAGAGACUUG